AUGAGUUCUGCUGAUCAUGUGGUUGGAAUCUCGGGAGAGUCUGUCUGGUUACGGCCCCCCAGCAUACAGAUAAGGACAUACUCUGUUAUCUGGAAGAUGAAGCCAUACUCAAAUUCAAGCUGUUAUUUCAUAUACUCUUGGAAGAAUGUUUCCAGCCAGAGCGAUGUAGGGAAGAGUUUGAAUUGGACUUCAAAUCAUUUCAACAAUAGACUGAGCUUUAUAAGAGAAAACUUAACUCUUCUCAUCAUGGCAGUUCAGCAGCAGGACAGUGGCCUCUACCUCCUGGAGGUCACUGAAGACACUGGGAAGGUUUGGAGACAUCAGUUCCAGGUUUCUGUAUUUGAUCGUGUUGAGAAGCCCCAGCUGGUGGAGAGGUGGAAGGUCCUGGACAGGGGGAUGUGCCAAGUGACUCUGUCCUGCUCGGUCUCCAGAGGAGGUGAUGUGAGCUAUGCUUGGUAUAAAGGGACUGAGCUGAUUCAGACACCCAGGAACCUCACCAAACUGGAGGAGCAGAUUGAUGUCAGUGGUUUGCACACAUACACCUGCAAUGUCAGCAACCCUGUCAGCUGGGCAAACCACACCCUCCAACUCACACAGGGCUGUCUGAAUGCCUACUCGAAUUUCAUCUUUCUGUCCACUUUGGUGAGCAUCAUGAUUCUCCUAACGGCAUUGUUCCUGGGCGCCCUCACCUGCUUCUAUGUGCGGAGGUGGAAGAGGAAGCAGUCACAGACCAGACCAGAGGAAUUUCUGACGAUCUACGAAGAUGUCAACAACGUGCAAACCAGGAGAAAUCAAGAGCAGAAUUCCCCUGGAGAAGGGAGAAGCAUCUACUCCAUGAUCCAGUCCCAGUCUUCUGCUUCCACAUCACAAGAUAACGCAAAUACAUUGUAUUCAUUAGUACAGUCUUCCUGGAAGUCUGGAUCCAAGAAGACGAACCGCCACACUUCCGUCAAUAAAACUAUCUAUGAAGAGGUGGGAAAGAGAGCACCCAAAGCUGAGAACCCGGCUCGACUGAGCCGCAGGGAGCUGGAGAACUUCUGUGUGUAUUCCUAGUUGCCGCAGCUGUUCUCAUCUUCCUUACAGUCCAGCUUCUGUUGCAAUGGAUGACACCACAUGACUCUCUGCAGAGCAGUUCCUAGUCUGGAGAGGAUAUGAGAGUUUGUGCAUGGUCUAUAUUUUGUUUUGAAAAA